AGCGAGGGGAGGCCUGAAGGGCUCAACGCCCCCCCCAGCCACCUCUGUUCCCCCUCCCUCGCUGACCCCCUCCCCUCUCCAGGCCCCAGCCGGAGGAAGGCGGAGGGGCGCCCGAGCGAGGGAAAGCGGCCCAGGAGGCGCGGCAGGACGGGGCCAAGGUCCUGGGGACCCGGAGGGGGUCCCUGCCUGGCGAGGAGACGGGGCCCCCCAGAGCUGCCGGGAAGGCACCGGGUGCCAAGGCCAGGUCGGAGCCCCCUGCCACUGCCAGGAACAGCAGACACAGUGUUGGCACAGCCCAGGACGCCGGGGUCUCCAGGAGAGCUGGGAAAGGGCAGCAGGUGCUGGGGAAGGAACCACCCCCCCCGGCGGAGCAAUGCCACCCGGCUGGAGGCGGGCAGAGCACGGCCGGGCGCGCGGCCCGAGGGGGGACCCAUCAUGCCCUCGCUGCCCACCGCCUGCCUCCUCUCCGACUCGGCCAUCGCCUGCGGAAACGUCCACAUGAAGCAGGUGCCGGCACUGAGCGACGCCGGGCUAAAAAUGCUUUACCUGGCAGACAACGAGAUCUCCCGGCUGCCGCGCGGGGUCUUUGCGGGGCUCCCCAACCUGGAGUGGGUGGAUCUCAGCAAGAACCAGCUGGACUCCGGGGGCCUGCACCCCAAGGCCUUCCAGAACCUGACCAAGUUGAAGCGGCUGAAUCUAGAUGGGAACCGGCUCACGAGGAUCCCGUCCCUGCCCCCGUCCCUGCUGGAGCUAAAAGUGAACGACAAUGGGCUCGAGAGACUGCAGAGUGACAGCUUUCGAGGGCUCUAUAAGCUGUUGACCCUGGAGCUGGAAGGGGAUGAGUUGCAUGACGGGAACGUGAUCCCAACCUCCUUCAAACCUUUGCGCAGCCUCAUCUAUCUGCGGCUGGAUCGGAACCGGUUCCGGGCCAUCCCCUCGGGCCUGCCCCCCUCCCUGCAGGAGCUGCAUCUUGACUCCAAUCACAUAGAGGAGGUGCGGGAGGGGCUGCUCAACAAGACCCUGAACCUCAGCGUCCUGGUUCUGAGCAACAACAAGCUCCAGGAGGAUCGGAUUGCGCCGCGGGCCUGGAUUGACCUGCCGAAGCUGGAGUCCCUGGACCUCUCCUACAACCGGCUGGUGCACGUGCCGUCCUUCCUGCCGCGCCGGCUGCGCCAGCUGACCCUGCACCACAACCGCAUCGAGCGCGUCCCGGGCUACGUCUUCGCUCACCUGCGCCCAGGGCUGGAGUUCCUCCGCCUGUCCCACAACCGCCUGCGGGCCGAGGGCGUCCACGCCACCUCCUUCGCCGGGCUGGGCCGGUCCCUGGCCGAGCUGCUGCUGGACCACAACCAGCUGCAGGCCGUGCCCCGGGGGCUGCUGGGCCUCAAGGGGCUGCAGGUCCUGCGGCUGAGCCACAACCUCAUCAGGCAGGUCCCGCUGAACUCGGUGUGCGACACGCGGGUGGCCGAGGACUCCAGCCUGGUCUCCAUGCGCCUGGAGCAGAACCUGAUCGACCCGCGGCGCAUCCCGCCCACGGCCUUCUCCUGCAUCCGGGCCUACCACAGCGUGGUGCUGCACCCGCAGCGCGGCCAGGCCUAGGGGGGUUGGGACCCGGGGCCUGUCGCAGCCUGGGGCCAGCCCCGCAGCGCGGCCAG